UACUUCUGCAAGCAUUGCAGUAAAAGUUGAGACGUUGUGGAGAUACAACGAAAUCUAGGCGACGCGUUAUCAAAAAUAAGCAGAAUUAAAUUUACAUCAACUUUCAACGUACAAACAUACAUACACAAAUACAUACAUACAUAUUUACAUACAUAAAAACAUACAUACAGUAUAUAAAAAAGAUAACUGAAAGCGCGAAAAAUGCCGCUAGAUACCGAAAGCACCGCGCUCUUGAGCAAAGCACAACUCAAAUCCAACGAUUACAACAGUGAACAGAAGCAGCACCAAUUGAAAUCCCAAUCGCAUUACAUCGACGUUCUGGACAAACCACUAUAUAACGGUUAUACAUCCAUACUCGGGGAACAUGAUUUCUCCGCUGGCCUAACUCUGGAGGAACUGCUGCCUUUUAUCGACGAUCCGUGGUGGCAAAAACUGCGGCGCACGCUCUUCUGCACAUUCUGCUUGGUGUUUUGGUUGAUUUUAUUCACCGGUUGUACGCUUGCCUACAUGGAACGUAAUAAACAAUGUGGCAUCUCGAUCGCAAGCACAAUAGCACCAACUAAUACGAGUACAUUGACGGCAGCAGCUCUACAAAGUAUUUAAAAGCUGAAAAGCAAGGUAAUUCACAUAGAACUUUCGCUUCGCUUUGCGUCUGACAGUUGUUUUGACAGUUAAGUUCGAUGUAUGCUUUUUGUAUGAAAAGUUUCGCAUACAAAGUUUUCGACGCGAAGCAAAGCAACCUGUUGGGCAACUGCCAACUUUUUACGCUUUCCUAAGCAACAGUCGCUAUUCUUGUUAGAGAGAAAAACUGAAAACAAAGCGUAAUGAACGCUUUUUUCAUGCAAGCUCUUUUUUCUACAAUACUUCAUUGUUUCAGUAUGUCGCGCAAAGAGCGAAAGAAGUUAUAUGUGAAUGAGCCUUUAUAGUCUUACCUUUAUAAGUAAUGCGGGAGAUUUUCAAAUUUGGAAAGGAAGUACGAAUUUUCUCGCUUUCCGAUUUUUUAUUUUUAGUUCGAAAAGUGUUUGUCAUAACUUACCAAAGUCGCAUACCUAUUCUUAUCAUUAAAAGUGAGUUCUUUAUUAAGGUGUGUGCUUUUAUAAAAGAUGACAUAUGUAAUUAUAAAAUUAAAAUUAGCUUGCAAUGUUAUUGUUAAUAGCAACCCAUAUUUUGAAUUGCUUACUACAAACUUAUUAUAGUAUAAUAAACAUUUGUUUGUUCUGUA